UGAUAAGGUUGAACCUAUAGUUGUAAAUCAACCUGCUCCUAUUCGCAACAUUUCGAAACUACCUAAGCUUAAACAAAAGCAAUAUAAUGAUAUUAAAAAAAUAGAAAUUAAUCGAGAUGUUUCU